UCGAUUGCCCGUCCGCUCUUCUCGAAACAACACGGCCGGAGCGAGCGGGCAGGCGGAUAUACGAUACCGACAUUGUAUCUAAUCUCCUCUGCAACGCGACGAGCAAAUACAAUAUUCCAGAAGGCGAUACUUUCGGCGCGUAUCGACAUACCGGCUAUUUGACCGUUCGUUCAGUUAGUGCUAUCCGGAGUCUCGUCGCUCGACAAUAAACCACCGUCUUUCUACGAAAAUAUCUGAAAGAAUCGCGCAGAGUGAAGAACAUCGAAGUCGAGGAUCGAGAGGAGAUAUGCGGUUCCGAUCGCCAGCAUUUUUACUCCUCUGCGUCGUUUCGCUCGCGACGGCGCAGGGAAUCAGCGAGUGUCGACAGGAUGCCGACGACGAGCUGAUCUGGGAAUAUGACGUCAGGAGACCGCACCGAACUGGUGGUUAUCAAGAGGUAGAGGCGGAUUACGGACCGACGGACGCGAGAAUCACGUGCAUACGUUUCAACUCGCUGUCCGAUGAUGAUAACGGCGCAGCAUGGGUCACCGCCGGCGGAAUCGGUCACGACUUCGUCAAACUCAAGUUCAGGUCGAAGUACUCGCGAGGGCUCCACUACAGAGUCCUGGUUUAUGGACGGCCCACCCUGAGAAGAGGUUCACCAUAGCGUCUUUGAUGGCUAUCCUCAUAAAUUCUUGGUGUCUCGCAUUAGUACUUAAUUCCUCAUGUUUGGAUGCGUAAUACAUUAUAUCUUUCUAA